AGGAAACUCAAUUAUAAUUCAAUUGACUCGGAGGCAAUAUAGCUGCAUCGCGAUCUGAGACUCAGGAAGCCAAAAAAUCCAAGAAUUUUGACUUUUAAAGUCACAGUCACGCACAAGAUGCCGUACGGUCAGGAACGAGAUGUCACUACUGAGGAUGUCAUCUGGCAAAAACGGUGUGAGCGUGAGGUGUAUGCUCAGACUCGCGCUGUCUAUGAUAAAUACUACAAGAACGCUGCUGAAGUUAAGAACUUUUUUAUUCCUGUCUAUGAUAAAUACUACAAGAACGCUGCUGAGUGAAGUUAAGGAGAGACUCUUCACUAGGCUAACGAGGUGUUAAGGCUAACAGUAGCACGAAGUAGAUCGUGUCCUUUUCUGUGGUGAACCGUGGGUUUAUUUGGUGAACCGGUACCCCAUUGCGAAUAAACCUGUGCACACAACCAUAGAACUGUGCACUCAACCAUAGAACUGUUGCGCAGGGCUCCGGCCUGACUUUUCUUUUUUCGGUUUUUGGAUUUUUCUAGUUAGAGAAACUCUUCACUCAACCACCGACAGUGAGAAACUAGCUCUAAUGAAGAGCCCAAUAAAAUCAGCUUUGCAGAUUCCCGAGAUACGGCGCAGGAACUGAUUAACGGGUAUUGUUUGUCCAUCUAUGGGUAUUGUUUGUCCAUCUAUGGGUAUUGUUUGUCCAUCUAUGGGUAUUGUUCGUUGUUUAUGGGGUGACUGAUGCGUCCGGUUUGUUUCUGUACGAGGAGUGGAUUGAUGGGUAAGGGUUGUACAGUUUGUCAGUUUUUAGGAGUGAAUUAAUUUUGAUACAUGGUUACAACUGCUUGUUGCACUUGUUCUAGUUCUAUCUUGUUGUUCUUUAAUAUGUCGCUUUUUUUUCAGACACCCACUUCGUCUUCACGACCAACUCUUAGAUCGUCUUCCCAUUUCCCUUCCGAACAAACUAGGUACGUCCGCGUGA